AUGGCAGACUGCUGUUAUCCUCAAAAGGAUUGGUAUAAACAUGUUAAGUUGUGCGACUGCGCAGACUGUUUCGCGCGCGGAAAUAAACAAGUAAUUAAGGGGUCAAAACGAACAUUAGAUAUGGAUCGGAAGUAUGGCUUAGAUGAAAAGGUACUAUGUGUGAAUGAUAGAAGCCUUGAUAUUGGAUCUUCUCCUCGCUCUAUAAGCCCAAGUCAGUUUAUACCAACGAUAUCAUUUGAUACAGUCCCCAUGCAAGGUAUUUCUCCCGAAGAGGAGGAAGGCUUUGAAGAGGACUAUAUCGAUGGCUAUCGAGGAACUGAUGGCGAAAAUGGAGCUUAUAAUUAUUCUUUGGACGAAUAUUAUAAUAAUGAAGAUACGACCUACAAUUCUGAUUAUCAUGGGUUAUGGAGGCGGCCAAUGUCGGAGGAGUUUUGCCGCAGUAUUUCUCCGAGGAGGUCACGGUCACCGAACUUUCGUGCUGCAGGUGGUGUGAUGGGGAAGUUGGAUAUAUUGCCUGAUGGUAGAAGGGUUCGGAUUGAUUACCCUAGCAAGCCUACCAUUUUAAGCGAUUCCUUCGUAAUUAAUAGGACCCACAAAGACUGGAGGCGGAAAUGGAAAGAGCGCAAAGAGAAGAUUGAAAAUGUGAGAGCCCAGGGGGCUUCACAGUGGUAUCGGUUUCCAGAGAUACUCUUUCCUGAGCCAAAGGUUGACUUAUCUGAUUUGCCGGUUGUAAACGAUGAAGGGGUUGCAUACAACUCCGACCAGCGCGCGAACAUGAAAAGAAUUGCUAAGAUUACGAGAACGCCUGUGGGUUUUCCUGUGUCUCCACGGACAAUUCUAUGUCAUGUAAGUGGAAGAAGGCAUACUUGGGUUGCGUUAGACUGGGCAUUAAUGCAACUAAUGGUUGAAACGGACCAUAUUGUUGUGGUCGCGAACUUGCCAAGGGCCUCUAUGCGGGGAGCAUUUAGAUUACAUCCAUCCAGUCGGUCCAGUUCUAGAUCUAGGUCUAGGUCUAGGUCUGUAAGAAGACCUGGGAGUACUAAUGUGAAUUCUUCGCUGGGUCUAGGUACAAUGGUGAAGGAUAAAGAUGAGGAAUGGAGUGAAGGUUAUACUGUGGGUAAUGUUGAGCAUGUGCUACAGAAUUUGCUUGAUUAUAUUACAUUUGUAGUGCCACAAGAUAAAGCAAUAAAAGUUACAGUGGAUAUAAUAAUCGGUGACACCAAACAGGUUUUGGUGGAGGCCCUGAAUUUGCACUCUCCAGAUUUUCUGGUUGUAAGUUCUACUCAAUACAAAGAUAAUGAUGGGCUCCUCGAUCAUAAAUCCAAAAGACUAACUUCAGUUUUAGCCAGACAGUACCCACUGCCGGUAUUCAUAGUUCCGGCUAAACGCAUGCAUAAUUUCGAGAUGAGCUCGGAAGGCAGCGCAUUCAAAAGAGAGAAGGUCGCUGGUGAUGUUUCUGAUCAACAACUAAGCCUGCCAUCACCAGCAUAUAGACCACGGUUGGUUACAAUGCAUACAUCUCCAUCGGUUAUGUGCCGAGGAGGAUUUUCUAUGGCAGAGGUGGAUGAUGCCAUCAAUGCUAGUGAUAUUACAAGUAUUGACAGCGAUGUUUCUGAACAGGAGAAUCAAACGCAUAGCUGUUCAUUAGCAGGUAGUUUUAACAGGGUUUCCAAACUACGGGAGAAUUAUAGGCUGAGAACGAAAGAUGAGUUCUCUAAAAUAGAUGCAAAUACAUCGCUUGACGCCGACAAGAAGUCGACGGCUAAAAUCGAUUCACUAAUAACCGCAUCUAUGGAAUUUAACAAAGAAUUAGAAAGUUCAGGAUCUGAGUCCAUACUGCAGAUGCAACGGAUGAUCACAGGAGGAGAAAAGCAUAGAGGUUUCCGGAAGAAAUCCAUGUUGGAUGUCCUUGACAUCCCAACAAAACCUAAGCGUAAAAGCAUGAUCCAAACUAGUGUUUCUCAAGGUUCAGAGCUGCCACCAAGAAAGUCAACUAUCAAAUUCGAGGACAAUGUUAAAGGGUCGGACGGUUCAACGGCUGUACAGCAAAUGGGUUCGGAUGAAUCGUUAAGGGAAAUGUCGCCAUUGAGGCAAGUGAAAUCCCUUUCUCAGUCAAGUGUGCAGUUUGGAUCUAACACAACGUUACGAAAAGUCCGCAGUGCGAAUGCAAAUGCUCUUAAUCGAACGAAGUCAAACGAUUCCAUAACUUCGGCUGGAAAAAGAAAGCGGACUGGUUUAUUUGGCGCAUUGUUUGGCGGCAGUGCAAGCGCAAGCACUAGUACUAGUACGGUCACUUCGCCCAUCACAAGUAGAAGGAGCAGCAUGAGUAGCAAUGAAGGAGCAGCUGCUACUAUACCUUCAGGGAGACGGAAAAAGAGAUGGGGAUUUUUGAAAUAA